AGAAGAACCAAUCAAACAUACUAAAACUGAAAAAAAAAAAAAAAAAGGGUUCAAAACCUUAAAUAAAGCAGAUAAUGUGCUUUAUAUAAAUGUUAUUAAAAUGGUAAAAAAGAAAUUACUUACAAAGAGUAAAGUAUGGGGAAAGAUUAGGUUUGUGUAAUAAUUUAACUGCAAAAAAGAGCAGUUGGCAGUAGUAGUAGUAGUUAGUCAGUCUUUUAAAAUCAUGUAUACAUGUCACCUGGUUAGCUUGGGCAGGUAACAAAAAAGUAGGCUUCUUUAUCACCCUUAUAGCCUCAUUUUAAUAUCCCUUUAAAUUUUUUGUCAAAUUGUCAUCGAUCUAUAUAGAUUCAUUCGUGCUUCUUCUCUCACUGUUUCUGCUUGAACCCAUUAGAGUUUAGUUGGUGAAUUUGGUUCUAUUUUUGGGGAAAAUUUAAUUUAAAGCUAUACAAGUUAGAAGGGUCAUCCAUCAAUGACAAUGAAGUAACCCUUUUAAAGUGUACUGAACUCUGCCCUGAUUGAUACCCUCCUGCAAUUUGUUUUUUUUUUUGGUGUUGCUCCACAGUAAAAUCAAAACUAGAAAUAUGGUGCUUUUUGGGUAAUUUUGUAGCUUCGGUAUCAGAAUAUGCAAAAGGGUCUCUGCUACUGUUCCCCUUCUUGGAUUCUUGCAAACGUUUGAUCGAGUGUUUCGUUCAAAUUUCAAAAAGCUUCGUCCUUUGAGGCUUCUUCUGACUAUAACUGGUAACUAUUCCUGAAUUAGGCCUUUUGCUCAUGCUCAAUUUGUUUAAUUUUGCAGUUCUGAGGGUGUUGUGAUCCUCAUUGUUCUGGGUUCCAGUAGAAUUAAGCCUUGUUUAUGUAGAAUUACUCUGUUGUUAUUCCUAGGAUAGUAGGAUGUGAAUGGUACAUAUCAUUGUAAAUAGUAAGGCAAUAGAAAAGAGGGGGAAAAAAAGGGAAUCUGCUUUCUUUUCAUUGGUCUGGUGAGCUGUUAUUUAACCAAUGCCUUUCAUUUCUUCAUUGUCUACUUUAUGCUCUGAAAGGUUCUUACUUUCUUGUCUCCGUGAAUUACUUUUUUUUUCUACAUUAGAGUAGACUUGAUCCUAGGGUUCUUGGAAGAUGAGGUAAGUAGCUGGUGCUACGUAGAUUUCAUGCCUGAUACAUUGGAUUUUUCCUUUUUCCUUUGUGUCUGAAGGAUACUUCAGUGAGAGAUUUUCUUUCUUUUGCUUUAUGAUGAGCCCCUCUUCCCAGUCCUGUAAAGCUGCCAAUUUUAUUUGUUCCUUGUUGAGUCCUGCAAGAAAUUACCAGUCAUAAUUUUGGUCAAACGUAACUUUGCCUUUACUUAAUUGCGUCCUCCUCCCUUUAAAUAUAAAUAUAUCCGGUCUUGGUUUUAGGUAAAAUUUGAACCUGGAUAACUGAGAAGGCCCUCUCUUUGAAGGUGCAUUUGGUGGUUGAAUUCCACAAAAUUGGGGGUUUUUUGAUUUGGUGCUUUGGACUACCAUGGGAACCGAGGAUAGUGGUGAUAUGGGAUUUCAGCAGAGUGGUGGAGACAGUGUUUUGAAUUGCCCUUCUUCUGGGAUGGACACAAAUUCAAUGUCUGACAAGGUUGCUGGAAUGGCAAUGUGUUCCGAGAGCACCAUGUUCAAGUCUUCAACAGGGGUAGACCCUUUCUAUGGUUCUGGUUGGGACCCACUUGUAUCACUGAAUCAUGGUGAGAAUUUUGGUGGUUCUACAGUUGUUCCUCAUCACAAUGAGUUUGCCAAUUCGCAUUAUCAAGUUGCAUUUCACAAUCAGGCCAUCAGUAGCUCUUCCCACCUUGUUCAUUAUCAAUCUAGUUCAGGUCUUGGUGAUAUGGUGCCGAAAAUUCCAUCUUUUGGUAGUGGAGGGUUCUCAGAAAUGGUUAAUUCUUUUGGGCUUCCUGAGUGUGGACAGAUUACAGAAACAAGCAUACAUCCAAUAUAUGCUCAAAAGAGUGGGGUUGCUGGUCAGGAGAAUUGUCAGAUUUCCGAUGAGAGAGUUUUGGGCAAUUCACUAAAUGGAAAAAAGAAAAGAAAAGCAUCAGAUUCUCCAUUAAACCCCAGGAAGAAUCCUGAAGGAGAACAACAAAGAGAUCUCUCAGGGAACAGUUCAGAUUGCUCUAAAGAACAAGAUGAGAAGCACAAAAUGGAACAGAGUACGAGCUCAAAUUUGCGCAAUAAGCAAGCUGGUAAACAGCAGGUGAAGGAAAGUUCCAACAGUGGUGAACCUUCAAAGGAAACUUACAUUCACGUGAGGGCCAAAAGGGGCCAGGCAACUAAUAGUCACAGCCUUGCUGAAAGGGUGCGAAGAGAAAGGAUUAGUGAGAGAAUGAGAUUGCUUCAAGAGCUUGUUCCCGGCUGCAACAAGGUAUUUUUCUAUUUGUUAUCUGAUUGUUCUUCGUGAUGAUGUGUGUACACAUCAUUGUUCCCAUGUUUAUUGAACUUGAAGUUUAAGGUUUUGUUGUUUUAUCAAUUGUAGAUUACUGGAAAAGCAGUCAUGCUUGAUGAGAUUAUCAACUAUGUCCAAUCGUUGCAACAACAAGUGGAGGUAAGCCUUUCAGAAGGCAAUAACUAAUCUUCUAAUUGUGAUAGAACUUUGCUUGGAGAACUGAACAGAUCUAAUUCCGAUUGAAUCAGGAGGAGGUGCUUAUGGUCAUAUAUUACCUUUUUCUAUUUUCCCAGUAUUAAGUGAUUUCUGUUUGAAGAUGGUGAAGAGAGAGGUCACCCUGCUAGAUAUUGUCUAUUUGUCUCGUCUGUAAUUUUUAUGAGGACUUAGAAUUGGGGCAUGUACUGUUCUUUAAUUGUCUUUCCAUUGCCUCUGAAUCGUGUCAUGUAUACAACAUGAAUCCAAGGUUAAGAAAGAUGAUCAUUGCAGUUUCACUUGGAAUGCAAGUGAAACUGCAAUUCUGUUGUAGCAAUUUUCAUUAUGUUAGUAUCAUGUAUAAGUGCAUUAGUAGUCUCAUCAAAGACUAGUAAAAUUUGGAUGGUGAAUGUUUACUUGUUUGGAGCAUGAGUGUAUAGAUAUGCAUCUUCUGAAUUGAUGAGGAUUCUUUUACUCUAUUGAUGCAGUUUUUGUCAAUGAAACUAGCAACCGUGAAUCCGGAGCUGAACAUUGACCUUGAAAGAAUAUUUUCAAAAGAUGUGAGUAAAGAUUAACUCAUUGCUUUUCAUAGUAGCAUAUUGUGUUUGGGCAUAUCCUAAGUAUUAUGUUCAUUUUCUGUUCUGCAGAUUCUUAGAGGUGGCAAUCCCACAACUUUAGGCAUUGGACCAGGAAUGAACCCCUCCCAUGCCUUCGCUGGGUACUCCCAGGGACCAUUCCCCGGUAUCCCAGGUGCAACACCUCCAUUUCAUCCCUUGCCUCAGGUACCAUUAUGUUCCUUUCAGGUGUUGUCUGAUUAUGUAAAUUUUUGCCGGUGUAAGAAACAAAGUCAUACGUGCACAAUUUGUGUGCAGGGGGUAUGGGACAAUGAGCUUCAGAGCAUUCUACAAAUGGGUUUCGAUGCUAAUCCAUCAAUCAAUAAUUUAGGACCGAAUGGUAAUUGAUUAUGGGGCCUGAUUCUAGUUAAGAAGCACUUUGUGGUGUAUCUCAUUCUUUUGUGCUGAUUACAUUGCCACCUAUUUCAGCAGGGCAGUCGAAAUUGGAGCUAUAGAAGUUGUGGAACGACUGAGACGUGUUUAUUAUGUCCAACAGUAACUGCGAGAUUCACCCUUUUGACUGCAGAUUUGAUAUCAGUAUUGAAGAAAUGGAAAAUAGCUAAAAACAUUCUUGAGAUUGUAUAGGUCCUCCUCAGCUCCUAACCUCUUGUUCUUCGAAUUUUAGCAGAAGAAAAUGACCUUUUAGAAUUACCGCCCCCUAAAAAAAGAGUAUCAUGCUUGUAAAUUUACAGCACUACUUUCCGAAGUAGUGAAAGAUGAUUGUUUCCAUUUUGUGUUAUUUUGUAGAGUAUGAUUCAUUUUGUGUAGCUAGUAAUUUGAGAUUUCCAGGGAGACAGUCAUCUUGUUUAGCCUUUAUCAAUUUGGAAACACAUCUAUGGAAUGUGAUAUACUAUUAUUUAUUUAUUUAUUAUUUUUCCUUGUUU